UCUAAACUAAAGUUAAUCUAAUAUGUUUCCAAGGUGCUGUAGAAUGGGCUGUUUAAGUUUUGAAUGCAAACGGUGUCGUUUAUUUCGAAUCAACAUAAUCUUAUUAUGGAUUGGAGUUGUCUCUGUGGCGUGUGUGACGGUUAACUGGAUCAUAUUACAGACCGGAAGCCGAUCUACGUCACCACCGGAAGUGAUGCACCUUGCUGCAGUCUCAUGCGGGCGGCCGAACUACCAGGGGAUAAGGGAUAUCAAGAAACCAAUGGACCAGACACUCACUAUGAUCAAAUCAGCUUCAUUGUUCGCUCACAAUCCACUUCAUAUUCAUAUCUUCACCGAGAAUGAUAUGAUUUCUAUGUUCCAGACAGAGAUAGAUGCUUGGCCCGCUAGAGUGCGGUCGCGAGUCACGUACAGCAUUCGACCAAUAGAUUACGAAAGGUACCUUCCGCCCACGCUAAUAACACAAUGGAAGAAAUGGUACAAACCAUGUGGAUCGUUCAGGCUUCUUUUACCGAUGGUUCUUAAAGACGUCACAGACGCUGCUAUAUAUAGUGAUAGUGACGUCAUAUUCAUAAAACCAAUCGACGAACUGUGGGCGCAACUUAAAGAGAUGGACGAGCGCCAGGUAGCGGCCAUUUCGCCGACCGCUGGACACCCGCUAGGAGGCUCCAAGUUAAACGAGAACUUUAUUUCACAUUCGACCGGUUUAUUUCAAAUAAACACUGGGGUUAUGGUUUUAAACUUUACCCGAAUGCUCUCCUCUGAUUGGUUGCUUUUCCAUGACGAGCAUAAAACUGACCAAUCAGAAUUAAGAAGAGUAAAAUACGGUAUCGACCUCUUGUUACCGUAUUAUGACGAAUACAAAGAAAAAGCGGAACACGACCAGAAACUACUGAAUAUAAUGUUUCAUUUUAACCCAAGUCUACUGCGACAAUUGCCUUGCAGUUGGAACUUUAAGAACAAUUUCUGUCAAGACGAAGACAACACGUGUUCUGUGGCUGAGAGGGGCGGGGCUGGGGCGGUACAUGGGAUAACAUCAGCGUUUUUCAACGACGUCAACCCGACGUUUCGCGCUCUAUACGAGUCCUUCUUACAGUACGACUUUGAACCGAAUCUGGACAAGUAUCUCUUACAACCAUAUCUACAGCAACUUGCCGAAACUGCCGAAGGGACGUUUUGUUUAACCAAGUCACACGUUAUAACUACGUCACUGAAAAGCAGCGUCGGACGGUUGAUGGCUCAAGAAAACUGAUUACGUAACGAUGACGUCUAUUCAAGAAAACUGAUGACGUCAUAGUUGAAGAUUUUUUCCCGUAUUUGUGAAAAAAAAGUGAAAAGGAAAGCGUAAAUAUUUUUUCAACGGUCCUACUUGUGCAUAUCAACCCCUGUUUUUUUAUUUGAUUUGGUUGGGUCGUCUACUACAGUGGUUCACAGACCCAUUUGACUGUGACUGUAAAAUUUACAACAUUAUUUUUAUGCCUACAAAAUUUGUUUGAAAUGUAGUUUUGAAAUUGAGUUGCUAAAGCUUUGGUAUAAAUUAAUGUUUAGUAUUUCUAUUGGCGUGAAAAAGUUGAAAAGCACUUCUUUACACCGAUACAUACUUAUAUUAACACAAUGUAAUAUAUAAUCACUGUGUUUAAAGUCGUCGUGCCGCUGUUUUGUAAUAAAAUAGCAAAAAGUUUGCAAUUUUAUAAA